AUGGCCGGACAUAACCAGGAAAACGGUGAGCGACUACGCGGUGCCGCAAGGCUCCGCAGCCUCUUAGCGGAGGGAAAAGGCAUCUUGGAAUGCCCCGGUGUUUACGACGGCUAUACUGCGCGUAUCGCGCUCCAAGGAGGAUUCGAUUGCCUUUACAUGUCGGGUGCAGGGGUUACCAUGUCGCGACUUGGCAUGGCGGAUUUGGGAGUUGCUACCCUCAACGACAUGAGGGACACGGCCGCCAUGAUCGCCUCAUUGGAUCCCUAUACUCCUCUAAUUGCCGACGCCGAUACUGGCUAUGGAGGGCCGUUAAUGGUGGGCCGGACUGUUUCCGAAUACAUACGAGCCGGUGUUGCUGCAUUGCAUCUCGAAGAUCAAGUAGUCACCAAGCGAUGCGGGCAUCUGCUCAAUAAACAACUUGUUUCGGAGGAAGAGUUUUUAGCACGCAUCAAGGCAGCCGUGAUGGCACGAGCAGCAUCGAAUGGCGAUAUUGUUAUCAUUGCUCGGACGGAUGCGCUGCAAUCCCUAGGCUAUGAGGUCGCGAGAGACCGCCUGCAGAAGGCUAUCGAGAUGGGAGCUGAUGUGGCUUUUCUGGAGGGCAUCAUCACUACUGAUGAAGGCCGGAGAAUCUGCGAGGACCUGAGCCCGACGCCUGUUUUGUUCAAUUGCGUCUCCGGGGGCGUUUCUCCUGAGUUGUCCUCCGCAGCUGCAGCGGAACUAGGCUAUAGGAUCAUCAUUUAUCCCACAUUCGCACUAGGUCCUGUUUAUGCGGCGGUUUUCAAGUCUGCGACCACUUUGAAAGAGACGGGAUGUGGGCCGUCGAUGCCUCCCGAACUGACGCCCAAGUCUGUAUUUGAAGUUUGCGGGCUCAAGGAGGCCGUUCAGUUUGACAUUGAGGCUGGGGGAACACUGUACUCUAGUGGAAUCUAG